UUAAGCUUUGAGCGUCUCAAACAACACUAUUUAAUCUCCUUAGUUGAUUCUGUUCAUAAAAAUAUAAUUUUUAUUUUAUUUUUAUUUUUGGGGUUUUAAUAGUUUACUUGAUCUGUUGGAACAGAGAGGGGGUGGUUUUGGAAAGUCUUAUUUUUUCUGGGGAGAAAAGAUUUGUGGGAUUUGAUUGGAUCGAGGAAAAGACUCGAACUUUGGUUCUGGGGGCGAAAAUGUGGAUCUUGUAAAAGCUGUUGAUUUGUUCGAGAAAGAAAAGAAAAGAACAAAAAAAGAAAGAGAUAUUUUUUUUUUCAGCUUCUGGAGGUUCAACUUUUUCCUCUUCCAUUGGAGAAGAUUGUAAGAAGUUUAAAGAUACAUGAGCUUUGGUAACCAGUCAUUAAAGCCAAACAUGAAGGUCUCUUGUGGCAGUGCAUAAGGUUGAUAAAGUCCAGGUGGAGCUGAGUGAGUGGUGGUUGCCAUUUUCAGAUAUUCGGAAAAGACGUAUCAUUGAAAGUGGAAGAGGUUUCUGUUACUCAAAGUUUGAUUUUAGCAUAUCAAAAUGGGGAUUCAGUGCUCUAGACUCAUCCCAUGUUGUGUGAAUUCACAAGUUAAGGCUUCUGUUCUUGAAACUCCAGAUGCUGAAAAUGAGGAUAGAACUGAGGUCAGUAACUGGCCUACAUUCCGUGAAUUUACAUUGGAGCAACUUAAGAAUGCAACAUCUGCUUUUGCUGUUGAGAAUAUUGUAUCUGAACAUGGAGAGAAGGCUCCAAAUGUUGUUUAUAAAGGGAAGCUGGAGAAUCAAACGAGGAUUGCUGUUAAGCGGUUUAAUAGAAAUGCUUGGCCUGAUGCUCGGCAGUUUUUGGAGGAAGCAAGAUCAGUUGGUCAGCUUCGUAACCAAAGAUUGACAAAUUUGCUAGGUUGUUGUUGUGAAGGAGAAGAGAGGUUGCUUGUAGCAGAAUAUAUGCCCAAUGAAACACUUGCAAAGCACCUUUUCCAUUGGGAAAUGCAACCCAUGAAAUGGGCAAUGCGACUAAGAGUUGUUCUACAUCUUGCACAAGCUCUAGAGUACUGCACAAGCAAAGGGCGUGCCCUCUAUCAUGACCUUAAUGCAUAUAGAGUUCUAUUUGAUGCGGAUGGUAAUCCUAGGCUUUCAACUUUUGGCCUGAUGAAAAAUAGCAGAGAUGGGAAAAGCUAUAGCACAAAUUUGGCAUUUACCCCUCCAGAGUAUCUCAGAACUGGGAGAGUAACCCCAGAAAGCGUAAUAUAUAGCUUUGGUACUCUUUUGCUUGACCUUCUCAGUGGGAAGCAUAUCCCGCCAAGUCACGCCCUCGAUUUGAUCCGGGAUAGAAAUCUUCAGAUGCUUACAGAUUCUUGUUUGGAAGGUCAAUUUUCUGAUGAUGAUGGAACUGAGUUGGUACGCUUGGCAUCUCGAUGUUUACAGUAUGAACCUAGAGAGCGGCCUAAUCCAAAAUCACUGGUUGUUGCUUUGGCUCCUCUUCAGAAGGAAACAGAGGUUCCUUCACAUGUCUUGAUGGGUAUCCCACAUAGUGCUACUUUUGCUUCCUUGUCUCCACUUGGCGAAGCAUGCUUUAGAAAGGACUUAACUGCCAUACAUGAAGUUCUGGAAAAUACUGGCUACAAAGAUGAUGAAGGAGUGGCAAAUGAGUUAUCAUUCCAGAUGUGGACUGAUCAAAUGCAGGAAACAUUAAAUUGUAAGAAAAAAGGGGAUGUUGCUUUCCGCCAGAAAGAUUUCAGAUUAGCAAUUGACUGCUACACGCAGUUCAUUGAUGGUGGAACAAUGGUUUCUCCAACAGUCUAUGCACGACGCAGUUUGUGUUAUCUGAUCAAUGACAUGCCUCAGGAAGCACUGAACGAUGCAAUGCAAGCACAAGUCGUAUCCCCUGUAUGGCACAUUGCAUCUUAUCUUCAAUCUGUUGCCCUUGCAGGACUUGGGAUGGAGAAUGAAGCCCAAGUAGCAAUUAAAGAGGGCACAACACUUGAAGCCAAGAGGAAUGCAACUCCUAAACAAAAGUGAAGACUUUGUACAGAGAAAAUUUCUUGCUGAUUGUGUUCUGCUUGAUGACUACUUACCCCACAAAUUUGAUUAUAAAUUUCAUCUUCCAUAUCAUAGAAAAAGUUGCAUGUGUUUGAAUAGUUCUUUAAGAAACAAUGAUUGGAUGAGUGUUGGUAACACCCCCUCCCCCUUUUUAUUGGGUCGGCUAGGAUGUUCAUUUUGUUCCAUGAUUUGAUUGAUAUGAAUCCAAACUUUAGCAAUUUUUUUUU